AUGACCUUGACUCCACCAUUCCCUUCACCGGCGAGAAAGCCGAAGAACCCUGGCUCGAUGUCUUCGCAAAGGGAGACGCCAGCCUCGCCAUAUUCGAAGUCUCCACGUGCAGUGACAACUCAGUCACCUGCCUCUGAAGAUGCGGUGGAUCCCUCCUCCGCAGACGAUGAAACUGUGGGAUCCAUUUUCGACGAAGAUGAAGACUAUCAUUCCGACACCUCAAGCUUCACGGCCUCUUUGCUUUCUGGAAUCGAGGAGCAUGUCUAUGAGAAUGGGCGACGAUAUCACUCCUAUCGAGCGGGCCAUUAUGUCCUGCCAAAUGAUGAGCAGGAGCAAGAUCGGCAGGAUUUGCUUCAUCAUGUUCGCAAUCUAGUCCUUGAGGGCGCACUUUUUCGUGCACCACUGCAAAUUGAUGCAGUCCAGCGCGUGUUGGACAUUGGCACAGGGACUGGAAUCUGGGCCAUCGAUUUCGCAGAUUGCUAUUCCCAUACCGAGGUCAUCGGCACUGACUUGAGCCCCAUUCAACCAUCAUGGGUGCCGCCGAACUUGCGUUUCUUAGUGGACGACGCAGAAUCCCCCUGGUUGUUUAACGUCAAUCGACCAUUCGACUUUAUCCAUGCACGCGACCUGGGUGGCGCUAUAGCAGACUGGCCCCGUCUUCUGGCACAGGCUUAUCACCACUUGAAGCCGGGAGGCUGGAUCGAAUUACAAGAAUUUGAAGUCACGCUCAAGUCAGACGACGGGUCGAUGGAUCUGGCGCCCACCCUGUGCGAUUAUCUUCACUACCUUCAUAAGGCAAGCCUGGCGUUCCAAAGGCCCAUGAAUAUUGCCGAGGGUCACCGGCGACGCUUGGUGGAUGCGGGAUUUGAAGAGGUGAAGGACGAGGUCUACAAAGUUCCAUCGAGUGGUUGGUCCACUGAUUCUGUCCAGAAAGAAAUCGGACGCUACAACCUGUGCUCGUUGUUGAUGGCGGUCGAGUCGUACUCUCUUGCGCUCUUCACUCGAGUGCUUGGCUGGUCGAAUAAUGAGACCCAAGUGUUUCUGGCCGGCGUCCGCCGAGACUUGCGGAACCCCGAGGUUCACACCUACUGCAAUCUGCAUGUGGUCUACGGUCGCAAACCGGAUAUUUGCGACACUACUUGA